AUGACUGACGAUGAUUUUGAAAAUGUAGAGCUGGUUGAAAAUUCCACUGACAUGAUAAUAAAAAGGGCUUUUUUAAGGCCAUUAGAAAAAGUUGUAACUUUGUCAACAUCUAAAUUAAAUCAUCAGUUCUCAUUGAGGCAUGCACUUUUAGAGGUACAAAAGCUUCGUAGAGUUUCAGCCCAUGACAAUGUUUUGAGCUAUAUAGGUUUAACACAAGAGCCUAAUGCUGAUAAUAUUGUUACUGUGGUUUUAGAUUAUGCUGAUGAUAAUUUAAGAGAUUAUUUGAGUAGCAGUGAAUUAUCAUGGGAUGAAAAAUUCAAACUUGCCAAAUGGAAAAAUGGAUUGAGAUACUGUGAAGGGAAUGUUAAAAGUAAACACAAAUCAGUUGAUGUCGCCAUGAAAGAAUUAAAAAAUGAAGCUGUUGCUCUUAAGGUGCAUUUUGAACCAUUUGGUGAUAUUCAGAUUGAAUCAAGUUAUACUCUUCAUAAAGGUGCUUGUUAUACUAGAAGAACAUUUGAUUUCAGUCAAUUUUCUGAACCGAAGAACCGCAAAGAUCAUUAUAUUUAUCCACAAUUAUAA